GGGAGAACAAUGUUUUAAGCACAGGCAACUGGCUGCUGAGACAAAACAGCAAGAGAGAGAGAGAGAGAGAGAGAGAGAGAGAGAGAGAGAGAGAGAGAGAGAGAGAGAGAGAGAGAGAGAGAGAGAGAGAGAGAGAGAGAGAGAGAGAGAGAGAGAGAGAGAGACAACGGACCAGCUAGACACAAGAUGGCUACGGUCUCUUCUGAUUUAAAUGCUGCAGAGGGACCCUCUCCACCCAUGUGGCGCCUACUGUUGCUGGGGUUCCAGGGCUCUGGUAAGACCUCAACACUGAAUACCAUCUUGAGCCAGGAUAAAAACCCAUCUGACAAUUGCCAAACAGACCAACAACAUUGGGUAGACAUACUCACCUGGCGACUGUUGAUCAUUGACACCCCAGGAUGGAAUCUGGAAACCGAAGACACAACUAAUGAGACGGACUCAGAGAACCAGCAGUCCUUCAUUGAUCAAUGUUCUCCUGGUCCCCAUGCCCUGCUGCUGGUGGUUCCCAUCGGAGUUCCAUUCACCGAAAACCACUGGCAAGGUCUUUGGGCCCGAGUUAGAGAACUGGGAGCAGGAGUAUGGAGGCACACCAUGGUUUUGUUCACCUGUGCGGACCAGUUGCAGGACAAGGGUGUUGAGGAAUUUAUUGUGGAUGGCGGGGCAGCGCUGCAAAGGUUGGUGGAGAGGUGUGGCUGCAGGUAUCAUGCCUUGGAUAACACCUGCUCAGACAAAAGUGCUCAAGUUGCAGAGCUUUUACAAAAAGUCGAGGAAAUGGUUCGGGAGAAUCAAGGCUGGUUCUUUGAAAUGGUGAGGCCAAGCCUUGGAUUCGAUGAUGAAGAAAAUGAAAGAGAAGAGGAUGGAGUCCCAGAAGUGGAGAGGACAGCAGCAAUGUUUAGAUCUCCUCCAAGAGAGUUACGGGUUCUGCUAGUAGGCUGGCGUGGAGCAGGUAAGAGCUCUGCAGGUAAUCUUCUACUGGGCUGUCGUGUGUUUGAAUCAGGACGCCCCACUGAGGUGUCUGUCCGUCAUCAAGCAUUGGUUGCUGGUCGGCGCCUCACAAUUGUUGACACGCCAGGUUGGGAUUGGUUCUCCGCCCAGCGCACACCGAGCAACAUUCGAAAAGAAAUUAAACAAGGGGCAGGGCUUCUCCAUCCUGGCCCACAUGCACUCUUACUGGUAAUCCCUGUAGUCUCGACCCUCACACCCAAAAAGAGGCAGGCCCUCAAGAGCCAGUUGGAAAUGUUUGGCGAGGAGGCGUGUCUUCACACACUGGUGCUGUUUUCAUGUGGCGAUUGGCUGUAUGGCACAUCCAUUGAGGAUCACAUCCAGCGGGAUGGAGGAGAGCUGCUGAAACUGAUGCAGCAUUGCUGGAACUGUUAUCAUGUGCUGGACUGUACCAAAGCCAACAACGACAGGACACAGGUGACUGAACUCUUGCAGAAAAUAGAGGAAAUGGUAGCAGAGAAUGGACAGAAACCUUUCUUACCUGUCAAAUUAAAUCAAGAACUGGACGAGGAGGAAACGAGUGGAAGGUGCAUUCUACAGUAAAAUAUAAGCCAACAUAAAGUGCAACUCUGGUAAAUCUAAGAGGAAUGUAGAGGUUAUUGACCUUUUUGAUCCCAAAACAAGCGGUAUUUAUGCAACUGAUUAUUACCCAUAAGGCCAUUCACACUGUUUGUAUGUCAUCUUGAUAGAAUUAGACUUACAACCUACAUUUCUGGUUUCUUGAGCAAUGUUAAGAUUUAGUCACAUUUUCAUAAAGUUUUAAAUU